CUGUAUAUACUCGUCGAACGGCGAGAAAGAGAAGGAAGAACGAGCGAGCGAUCAUCAGAGCACGGCAGCACAGCAGUAGAGCCAGCAGCUCAGUUCUGUCAAAAUGGCGCUCAAGGCACAAGUCGGUCAGAAGAUCAUGAACGAGGUGAUCAACCAGAAGAAGAAAAACACCGGUGGAACGGAAUGGCGCAUCCUGGUGGUGGACCAGCUGGCCAUGCGCAUGGUAUCCGCCUGCUGCAAGAUGCACGACAUCAGCGCUCAAGGUAUCACCCUGGUCGAGGACAUCCACAAGAAGCGCGAGCCUCUGCCCACCAUGGAAGCCAUCUACCUUAUCACUCCGAGCAAUCAGUCCGUUACCAAGCUCAUCGACGACUUCAGCAAUCCCACCAGGACCAUGUACAAGGCUGCUCACGUCUACUUCACCGAAGUGUGUCCCGAGGAGAUGUUCAAUGAUAUCUGCAAGUCUCUCGCUGCUAAAAAGGUCAAAACGCUUAAAGAGAUCAACAUCGCUUUCUUGCCCUACGAGUCUCAGGUCUUCUCACUGGACUGUCGAGAAACGUUCGCCUGCUUCUACAACCCGUCUCUUAUCAACGUGAGAAAUGCAAACAUGGAAAGGAUCGCCGAGCAAAUCGCAACUCUCUGCGCCACCUUGGGCGAGUAUCCGUCUGUCAGAUAUCGAAGUGAUUUCGACCGCAAUGUGGAGCUGGCACAGAUGGUUCAGCAGAAACUGGACGCUUACAAGGCUGACGAGCCCACCAUGGGCGAAGGGCCGGAGAAGGCACGAUCGCAGCUUCUGAUUCUGGAUCGUGGAUUCGACUGCGUGUCACCGUUGCUUCACGAGCUCACCCUGCAAGCUAUGGCCUACGACUUGUUGGAGAUUGAAAAUGACGUGUACAAAUACGAGGUGGCAGUUGGAGACGGAAGACAGGAGAAGGAAGUGUUGCUGGACGAGAACGAUGAUCUCUGGGUCGAUCUGAGGCAUCAGCAUAUUGCAGUUGUAUCAACGAAUGUCACGAAAAAUCUGAAGAAGUUUACGGAAUCGAAGCGCAUGCCUCAAACGAGUGAAAAACAGAAUAUGCGAGACCUGUCGCAGAUGAUCAAGAAGAUGCCACAGUAUCAAAAGGAACUGAGCAAAUACGCGACUCACUUGCAUCUCGCCGAAGAUUGCAUGAAGCAUUAUCAGGGCAACGUAGAUAAGCUUUGCAAAGUCGAACAGGAUUUGGCCAUGGGAACAGACGCCGAAGGUGAGCGCAUCAAGGACCACAUGCGCAAUAUUACACCCAUUCUGCUGGAUCAAAAUAUCAACAACAUGGACAAACUGCGUAUCAUCGCACUUUAUGUCCUCAGCAAGAACGGCAUCCCAGACGACAACUUGAAUCGCCUCAUCCAUCACGCUCAGAUGUCGCCCGAGGAUAGACAGACAAUCGUCAACAUGGCAAACCUUGGCCUGAACGUUGUCGUUGAAGGAAACCGCAAGAAGAUCUACACUGUACCAAGGAAGGAGAGAAUUACUGAACAGACUUAUCAGAUGAGCCGUUGGACACCGGUUGUCAAGGACAUCAUGGAGGACGCGAUCGAAGAUAAACUCGAGCAGAAGCACUUCCCGUUCUUGGGCGGACGGACUGCCAGUUCCGGCUACCACGCUCCGACAAGUGCUCGCUACGGUCACUGGCACAAAGAGAAGGGUCAACAAACCAUAAAGAAUGUACCGCGUCUGAUUGUCUUCAUCGUCGGUGGCGUCUGUUUCUCAGAGAUCAGGUGCGCUUACGAGGUGACGAAUGCUCAGAAGAAUUGGGAGGUCAUCAUUGGUUCAUCGCACAUCAUUACGCCAAAGUCUUUCCUCUCGGAACUGUCAAAGCUUCACAUCAACGUCGCAUAAGCGAGCUUCGCCGCUGAGCAAGAUCUUUAACAUUCCCGCAUUUAAAUGUAAUAAUAAGCUAUGCUACAUAAUGCUAAAACAGUAUAAAGGCCAGUAACCCUGGUUCCAUCGUCGUUAAAGCAACACCCGUGAAAAUCUGUCGGUGAUGAUUGUCGGCCAAAAGAUGCAAAAAAAAACAACUUAUAGUCGAUAUUGUAGCAAAAACAAAUGCACUUCAGUCAAUUUACGUAGCAGCAAUUGAUAAACGUUUUGCUAUUACGGAGGGAACGAUUGUGAUUAUGAUGAUGAUAAUGAUGAUGAUGAAGAUGAUGAUGAUAAUGACAAUGAUGGCACAGCAUAUUGGAAUACCCGCACUAGUUGAGAGCGAGAGAAAAGAGAAACCCCAUUUUAACCGACUUAUGUAUAGAGAUAGAUUCACAAUUUUCGAGCGCUAAAAGGGUUACCUGGUAAUAAAGUGCCUGUGCGAAAAGAAUCACGAGGCAGCUCGCGGAUUCUAAACACGUUGGCAAUAUCAUUGUAGGACCUUAUUCCAGGUGGAGAAAUUCUCUGAGCCUGGGACGAAAAUUUUCAUAUACAAUUAUAUAUAUCGUCGUAUUUAAAGCUAUAUACAUAAUAUGAUAAGAUGUAUUUACACUCCAAUAUUGAACACACACACGAUGGUUUACGAUUCGUGUGUAACCAUAACUGAUCAUAUCUCUCAACAAUUGUGUGGAGGACAAAUUUGCGUACCAAAAUAUAUAAUUAAUAUGGAAAUUUUUUUCCCGGGUUAUACUUACUGUGAAAUUCGAUAUUCUGUUGAACGAUAUAAAUUAUUUGUAUUAUUAGUCGUAUUAGUAGUAGUAUAUUUUGUUAAAGAAGGUCCAUAUAUGUUUAUAUAUUUGGCUUCUGUUGUUUUCGAGUAAGAUUUAAGUAUGUUUAAGUAUAAAAGCGAACAAAUUUUCGUUAGUUCGUGACAUGAAUUUCACGCGAUAAAAUGAUUAUUAUUGUAAAAAUUCUUCGUUCCUAGAAAUUAUACUUUGAAGUGAGUUGUAGAGAAACUAAAAAAAAGUAUUUUUACCAGGAGUCUUAACCUCGUAAAGUCGUAAUUUUAAACCGAGAAUCACAAGCAAUGUAACUUUACACGUCGCAGCCGUGAACCAAUUGGUCGACUUGUAUCAACUUUUGACGACAACAAAUCUUUAAAAAAAAAAUGUGAAACCGAAAGAAAGAGAAAAAGUAUUGUAAAACGGUCCUUAGAUAGAAUUGUAGCGAACAGUGUGUCACGCCACAGUGCAUGAGAUGUGAAUUAUUUGUUACACCCGCGAAAAGUAUAGUUUUCGGCAACUUCUGGUCGACACAAGCAUAGAGGGCUAAAUCAUCGAAUUGUCGAUUUACCCGAUCUCACUCGUGUCGACCGUCGGAGUAAGAUUUUUGCAGAGCUAAUUAAAAUCGCACUUUUUAACAAGUAGCUUGAAUAACAGAAAUCUUCAGAUAGUAAGUGCGCGUGUAAAUUGCCUUAAAUUAUUUACUUCUUAACAAUUGUAAGAUCCGACGUUUUUCUAGUUGAGCAAACGUUUUUUGGUCCCUCGAUCGACGAAACCCCCUUUAAAUCGCUGUCGUUACUGUCAACGGCUCGAAUUCAUUCUUCGUCUCUAUAACGAUUAUUAAUGAUUCAAGAUUUAUGUGUUUUUGAAAGAAUUCUAAUCGUAACAGCGUAUUAAUAAACAAUACUCGAUGAUAAGCUUCUAUAACAGACUUCCGUUUGAUGCUAACCGAGAUAAAAAACAAUUCAUAUCGUCAUUUGCUAACUUUAUUGUCAUCUUGAAGUAGGAAAUUCAAUGUAUCAAUUGUCGUUCACGUGAAUUAAUUAGCUUCAUUUUAGCAUUCAAUGUGAAACAUUGAAAAGGCGAAUAAUUAAAAUUCUAAAUCUUGCUUUAAGCUUGAAGAUCCUCUUGUAGAGACUGGUAACUUUCGAUUGUACUUACUUAGAAGCUAAUUGAUACAUUUAAUUAUCUAACGAAAGUGACCGCAAUAUAUAAAUGUUCACUGAGAAAAGUAGAAAGAAGCUCGAUGCAUUGGAGCAGUGUGAAUAGUGGCAAACAAGUAUUAAGAAAAAAAAAGUAAAAGCAGCAAAGUCUCGUCGAUAUAGCUCGUCAAUCUUGUAACUUUCAAACAGUUUAUAAAUAUUCAAAGUAUACGUUUUCUCAUAGAAUUUCUUAGCACUCGCUCUUUGCAUCAUUAUAAUAGUGGCUGCGGAGAUGCGGUCGAACUGUCGAUAGGAGAAAAUUAUAGAUGGUAACGACUUCAAAUUUUAGGGGAUCACUUUUUGGUCAGUGGACGUUUGCCUGUUAUUUGAUCGUUCAUGAAUUAAAGUACGUUAUAAAUGAGCGUUGCGGUUGUACGGCAACAGGAUUAUUAUAGAGUUUACGAUAUUUAUAAAAAAAAGUAUAUAUAUUAUAAAUAAUAUAUAUGUAUGUAGUCGUAGCCCAGAAAAGUGUUCUGCUUAUAAAAAGAAAAAGGAAAAAAUGGUCUACACGUCACUGUAAUAAAACUUAUCUUAUUAUUGAAA